AUGGUCUACCAGGCUCGCAGAAGCCUAGGUUCACUGCUCACCAAGUUAUGUGCCACGAUACCCCGUUCAAAGAAACUUUUCAUCGUGAACUACACUCCACGGAGUGCAAAGGAUGCGGUGGUUCUUCCGGUAUCCGGUGCAUUUGAAUGUCUCUCUUUCUUAGAUUGGAUGCAGGGUUCUGGAAACCACCAACUCUACAUGUCGUUGACCUCGAAAGCCAUCUUAAAAGGUUAUCUUUAUCCAGCUGCAUUCCCGAAGCGAGCAUCUCGGAAAGUCUGCUUCGUCGAACAGGAGGUGCAAACGAUGGCAGCAGAAGCUGAGGAGCUUCUUCCGUGGUCUUCACUGUUGGUGGAACGUGUAGACAGACGAGAAGUCGGCCCGCAAGAGUUCCUUCCUUCCUUUACCUCUCCCUCCCCAGCUGCCCACACAUUGUUCAUCCUUUCUAAGACGUCCGACCCUCACACCCACAGUAGGGUUUACGGUCAGAUGCCUCCCAGCAAUAUGCAGGAUUCGAUGACGGCCAACUAUCUACGUCGCUGUCAGAUAAGUUCACUCUUGUACCUGAAAUGUCAACUCUGUUUUGUCUAUGUUGGAAUGAAAAGCAGUUCAACGCAAUCAGUUGCUUUUGGUACGUCAACUAUCUGA